AUGGAACAACUGCAGCCGGGAGACGCAUGCCUGGAGUGCCUAGGAUUGGGCAGGAAUCACAAGCUGCGCUUCUUCUACAUAAAUCUUGAGGAGCAGCUGCUAAAGUGCGAGUCGCGGAGUUGUCUGUGGCCACACAACGACGAGGUCUCCUCGGAUGAGGAGCUAGACUUGGAGGCAGGAGAUCCCUUUAUUGAUCCAUUGUCAGCUAUUCAUGUUGUAGAAUCUCCAGGCCCUACGCUACCUCCUCCCUCUGGUGCAGUUUCAUUGGCUGAUCCUCCUUCAGAUGAUGACGACGAGUUCAUACUACAAUUGCUGCAACAACUGACUCCUAGCACAGACACGAACUCAGUUGAAUCUUCUGCUGAAUCAAAUAUGAAUCUCAGCUCAAUGGCAGAUCUCUUCUCUCUAAACCAUACAGAAGAAAAGUCUUGCCCAGAACUGGAGCUUCCGGACUUAAGCUUCCUGGAGGAAAAUAUUAUCCGGCUCGAAGAACCACAAAAAAUGAAGAGAUUGGGCGUCGGGGAUGAUCGUCGCUUGGGGGCAGCUUCGUCGGACGUUGCGGCUGUUGCACGUAGCCGGGUAGCAAGUUGGAAGAGAUGGUGA